AGAAUGCUGUGAGCGCCAUCCACCCCGCACCUGCAAACAGACACACACACCACUCCUCCACCUCGCACACCUUCCCUUCCAUCUGCACACGCAACCCCUGGUCUGGCCGGAUGAGUUACCACCCGGUGGACACGAUAGGGAGUCCAUUCAGGAGAAGUAUGGAUAGUAGGACCACCUACGGCCGCUCCACUGGCACCCCCUCCAGCGGGUUCCGUUCUCAGUCCUGGUCCCGGGCAAGCCCAGGCUCCACGAUGACCUCCUCCUACAAGAGGAGCGUCAACAUGCCGGUAGCCCGAGCGUACAGCUCCACACUCCUCAGCUCCGCCGACAGCGUUGAUUUCAAUCAAACGAACGGAGACUACAAGCGCUCCAACGAGAAAGAGCAGCUCCAGGGGCUCAACGACCGCUUCGCCGGUUACAUCGACAAGGUGCACUACCUGGAGCAGCAGAACAGCCAAAUCGAAGAGGAGAUCCAGACGCUGCGGCAGAAGCAGGUGUCGCCAUCCCAGCUAGGCGAUUUAUACGACCAGGAACUCCAGGAGCUGCGCUCCAUGCUGGAGCAGAUUCACCACGAUAAAGCGCAGAUCCAGCUCGACACGGACCACGUCGAGGAUGACAUCCAGAGAAUUAGGGACCGUUUCGACGAGGAAGCCCGCAUCAGGGAUGAGACGGAAGGCAUCAUCCGGGCGUUGAAAAAAGAUAUGACCGACUCUGAUUUGGUGAAGUCAGAGUUGGAGAAGAAAGUUCAGUCACUGCAUGACGAGAUUGCCUUUAUCCGCAACAACCACGAGGAAGAGGUGAGCGACCUGUUCGCCCAGGUGCAGGCGUCGCAGGUGACCAUGGAGAGGAAAGACAUCCAGAAGACGGACAUCACCGAGGCGCUCCGGGAGAUCCGCACCCAGCUCGAGGGCCACUCCAACCAGAACCUGCAGCAGGUGGAGGACUGGUUCAUGUGCCGCUAUUCCAAGCUCACUGAUGCUGCGGAAGAAAACAAAGAUGCAAUCAAGUCCGCCCGUGAUGAGAUAGCAGACUACCGCCGCCAGCUCCAGUCCAAGACCGUGGAGUUAGAGUCCGUCCGUGGAACCAGGGAGUCACUGGAGAGGCAGUUGAAUGACAUCGAGGACCGACACAACAGCGACCUGUCCAGCCUGCAGGAGACCAUCCACCAGCUGGAUAAUGAGCUCAAGGGCACGAAGUGGGAGAUGGCGCGUCAUCUGCGCGAGUACCAGGACCUGCUCAAUGUCAAGAUGGCCCUGGACAUUGAGAUAGCUGCAUACAGGAAACUCCUAGAAGGUGAAGAGACCCACUUUAGCACUUUCCCUUACCGCCACAACGUCACCUCCUCUAAGAAGUCCAAGUAUGAGCCUCCCAAACUGAAAGUCCAGCAUAAGUUUGUCGAGGAGAUCAUCGAGGAGACCAGGGUAGAGGAUGAGAAGGAUGAGAUGGACCAAGACCUGGCUGAGAUCGCCCAGGAGCUUUCUGCCGCUCUGGAGACAGAGGCCACAGAUGAAGGAGAGGAUGAGGGAGAAGAGGGAGGAGAAGAAGCAGAGGGAGAAGAGGGAGAAGGGGGAGAGGGUGAAUCAGAAGAGGUUGUAGCCUCCACUGAAGCCCAAGUUAGCUCCAGCACACAUGCUGAGGAGGAAGAGGAGGACAAAGAAGGUGGUGAUGUAGAGGAAGAGGGAGAAAAAGAAGAAGAGGAUGAGAAAGGAGAAGAGGGUGAGGGUGACAAGGAAGAUGAUACAGAAGGUGGUGAUGAGGGAGAAGGAGAGGGGGAAUUAGAGGAGACAGUCCUGUGCUCUAAAGCCCCAGAAUCAAAGUCCUCUCCUGACAAAGAGAAGGGAAGCGGAGGAGAAGAGGAGACAGGAGAGGGAGAAGAGGAGGGAGAUGAUCAAGAUGAAGAUGCAGGUAGUGACAAAGGAUCCAAAGAUGGAGAUGAUAAGGAUGAGGAAGAUGAGAAGAAAGGAAAGGAUGAGAAAGAAGACAAAACAGAUGAGAAGGCAGCUGUAGCCAAGACAGAGGCUCCCAAAACAGAAGCCCCCAAGAGUGAGGCCCCAAAAGUUGAGGUCCAGAAAUCUGAGGCCCCAAAGCCCUCCAAGCCAGACUCCCUAAAAGCUGAAUCCCCAAAGGCUGGGUCCCCCAAGUCUGAGUCACCAAAAGCUGGAUCCCCCAAACAUGAAUCCCCCAAAGCUGUAACCCCAAAUCUGAAUCUCCAAAACCUGGCUCCCCCAAAUCUGAAUCCCCAAAACCUGCUGGAUCCCCCAAAUCUGAAUCCCCAAAACCUGCUGGAUCCCCCAAAUCUGAAUCCCCAAAACCUUCUGGAUCCCCUAAAACUGAAUCCCCAAAACCUGCUGGAUCCCCUAAAUCUGAAUCCCCAAAACCUGCUGGAUCCCCUAAAUCUGAAUCCCCAAAACCUGCUGGAUCCCCCUACUUCUGAAUCCCCAAAACCUGCUGGAUCCCCUAAAUCUGAAUCCCCAAAACCUGCUGGAUCCCCUACUUCUGAAUCCCCAAAACCUGCUGGAUCCCCUAAAUCUGAAUCCCCAAAACCUGCUGGAUCCCCUACUUCUGAAUCCCCAAAACCUUCUGGAUCCCCUAAAUCUGAAUCCCCAAAACCUGCUGGAUCCCCUACUUCUGAAUCCCCAAAACCUGCUGGAUCCCCUAAAUCUGAAUCCCCAAAACCUGCUGGAUCCCCAAAAUCUGAAUCCCCAAAACCUACAGGAUCCCCCAAAUCUGAAUCUCCCAAAUUAGGAUCCCCCAAGGCAGAGUCCCCUAAGGGUGAGGCCCCCAAACCAGAAGCUCCAAAGUCAGAGGCCCCCAAGGCUGCAGAAGAGAAAGUAGACAAAAAGAGUGAUUCAGAAGAAGAGAAGAAGGUAGAAAAGAAAGACGCAGCCAUGAACGGAGAUGUGGAGAAGACUUCCCCAGAGGACAAGGACAAGAAGGAUGAGGGUGGGAAAGAGGCAGAGGAGAAGGAUGUUAUCUCAAAUGGAGUGGACGAGAGCCCCACUAAAGAUGACCCCGACCAGAAAGAUGAUCCAAAGGACCAGAAUGUGGUCAUCACCCAAACAGUGGAGACCAUCACCACUGGAGAGGACGGGGCCAAGCAUGUCACCAAAUCAGUCACUGUCACCGAGACUGUGAAGGAGUCUGAGGAUUUGAUGCAGGAGAAGACAGUCUCCAGCAAGAAGAUGGAGAAACACUCUUCCCAGUCCGUCAAGGUGGUGACUGAAACUGAGUAACUGCGCUCCAUCCAACCCAGUCAGGAGGAACAAAGAUGACACGACGACAAGCAAUCAACCCAGAACUAACAUAACAAAGAAAUCAUAGAGCUAGAGCGAUGUAAUAAAGAUAACCACUCUCAAACAUACAGAAAAGCAACGAGAGAAGCCAUAUGAUGUGACAAAGCUAAAGUUUAAAAAAUGCAUGUUGAGAGAAAGCUUUAAAAGGGUUUUGCUGCGGAUUAUAUCAGGGAAAUGUGGUAGUGGGACAGAUUAUUAAUUGUCUUUAUUUUCCCCUGGAGUUCACAGGAGGGCUCACGGGUGGGGGCGUCUGCAUGCUAGCUCAGGGAGGGAGUCCCCUCCGCUCUAACCUGUAUGUAUGGAUGGAAGGGUUACAGUUUAGAUGCAUACUGUAUGUGGGUGGGAGAGUGAUAGAAAUGUAUGUUAAUUCAAAUGUUAAUUCAAGAAGUGGUGCCUGGGUUGGAGGAUCCACUUUAGAGACACAUGUUCAAAAGGACUAGCCUUUUUAUGUGAAGAUACCAACUGAGCCAAAAAUACAAUCGUCUACAACACAAUAUAGUGAAGAAUGAGAAAGACGAUGGUACAAUGUACUGAUGAUCAUAAACAUACAGUACCCGAAGCAACUAAUGCAUAAAGAACCUUGAAGAAACUCUGAGCCUUAAACAUGCUUUUUAUCAGUAUCUAUUAUGUUUACCUAAUGAGUGCAAUUGAAAAUAAAUAUGUAAAUGCGCACACA